AUCGAUCUCAGCAUAAUUCCCGCUCAUUGCCAUCUCCCCUUUCAUAUACAUAUAACUUAUCCCCUCUAUCCCACACUUCCACCCACUCCCACCAUGGCCGCGAACCACGGCGUCUUCUUCCACCCGCCACAGCCACUCUCCUCUCCCUCUGCUCCUUUCUUCACCCCGUCCCGCAAGCGCAGAGCCGCGUCUCCCACCCCAGAUUCAGAUCCCCUCUCUCCAUGGCAGCAAUCUGCUUCUCCUACGACUUUCGCAGAUACUCCUCACCGUGAGAAGCGUAGACGCCCCAACUUGGCACAUGGAUUUUCCAGCCUAUCCAUCUCACCGACAGCCACGCAGUCUACAACGGUUCCUGACCAGCCCCGAGCCGAUGACGACGAUGAGGGCAUUGGCCCUUCAGUUUAUCCCAGGAAUGACGACGUCAAAGUGGAGGUGUUACCUGAUAAUACCAACCGUUUAUCCAGUUACCAACAUCGCUCUCACCGUACCCAUACAGACCAAUGGGAUCCUUACCAUCCUCGACCAUGCUCGUCUUCGUCCUCUCCUUCUCCAACGACAUCAACUGACGAGACGUACGAUUCCGAUGCCACCUUCACUCGAAAUGUCCCUCGUAUAAAAAGAUAUGAUGGGACAGCUCAACAGGCGGAUGAAAUCGUCCAGCCGGAUGGUUCGUCCAUGUUCACCGGCCCAGAUCUGGGCGUUGAGGACGUCACCGGUAUUCCUCCACCAUUACGGGCAAGGAGACCCAGGGAAGAGGAUAUCGAGGGGAUGGAGCAUGCGGGCAAGAAACGGAGGGGGAAUGAAAUGGAUAUUGAUAUGAGCACCAUGGACGAAAAUACGGAAGAUGGGUCAGUAGAGGAAAAGGAUAAAUUGAGAGGGCGCAAGACCGUGUGGUAUGAACCAGAGAAGGACCGUAUAGUCAUUACAUCAUUAUCCGAUUCAGACUCCAGAUCGUCCCGCUCACCAUCUCCUGAAACCGAAAGCAGAUACCUCUCUCAACCAGGGGAACAAGGCUUUACAAUAUCCCCAUCUCUUCUCACACACUUGAUGAACGUCCAUCGAAACAAAGACCUGAGAGGUCCUCUGCAAGAUCUACUCGAAAACAAUCAAAAGAGUCUUACUCUUUACAGACCACUAGGCAUCCCUGCUGACCGAUGGAAAGAGUCGAUAGUCAAGACGUGGGAGGACGCGCGAAAUUACGACGACUCGGGGAGGUUUGAAGAAAUUGACGACACUGAGGACUUUGGCAACAACAUCCGCUCGACAGGCAACAAUGAUGAAGGGAUGGAUAUUGAAGGCACGGUACCUGCAUGGCAAGGAGGUGCUUGGAAUACGGGUGAGGCUGGAAUGGGAGAAGGUGGUGCUGUUAGUGGUGACGGAGAUGUGGAUAUGGCUAUGGACGUGGAAUAAAAAUUGUAUACCCUGUAUUGAAUACCAGUCAUGACCUAAAAUGCAUGUUGCCAUUAGU